AUGCAUUGGGGAAAACCUAAAGCAUAUGAUCCAACAAAGAUUGAAAUCCAAUACCGUGUCAUGGUAGCCGAACUAACCACAGCAAAAAAGAAACAACAGCAAAUUGUAGAUGUCAACGCAAGAAAUCUCGCUCAUGAUAUUCGCGCAGAAAACAAAAAAGGAAUUUACGAUAAAGCUUACAAAAUUUCUGAUGCAAAGGCAUAUAUGGCAUCAUGUGAUGCUAUUCUUGAUGCUUUGAAAAAUAUUAAAGAAAACAAAAACGAAGCAGUUGCUUCAAGAAACGGUCCAUCACCAUCAACUGAAGAUUCGUUUAGAAUAGUUUGCUGCUCUACCAAUUUACUUAAGCUUGAUUCAUUCAAGAAGUUUGUAAUGGCCGUAUCAAAAGAAAUGUUCGAGAAAAAGGUCGCUACAGACUUAUUAGAUACUAGCAAAUGUGAUGAACAAGUUUUACAAGGACUUCAAGGAGGAUCGCAUGAUGAUGCCGAAAUUAAAUCGGUAAUUCGUGAAGCAGCUGAAGUAUUUUCUAAUGUAGAAGCAGCUGAGAAAGUUCUUGGAAUCAAAUUAACAGAAGAAGAACCACAGCCAGAACCAAAGGUACAACCAGCUCCAAUGCAAAAUAAUUAUGCUCCUCAGCAAUUCAACACUGUUGCAGAUGCAUCCUUGCAAUAUCCAACUGCUCCUCCAGGACAUGUUGCUUAUACAUCAUGUUUGUCCGACCAAGUAUCGCAGCAUCCAAAUCUAUUCGUAUGUGAAGAUUUAGAGCCUAUUGAUCGCUCACUGUGGCCAUCAAUUCUUGCGGAUAUCAAAGCUGCGAUUGCAUAA